AACAGCCUCUAUGAAAAACAACAACAAUCACUACAGCAGGGGCCAGGGAAGAGAGAUGGCUCCGUGAAGCUCCACACUUCUGGUCCUCACCACAGUUGUAAUCCCAGCCCGACUGCUGCUAUUUCUACCGGAGCUUUUAUAUGUCGAUGUUGCCGAGCUCAUGAACUUGGCUAGUCAGAGCGGGGACGCUGGCGGCAGCCAGCUCCUCUUCGCCAACUUUAACCAGGACAACACGUCCUUAGCUGUUGGCACCAAAUCAGGAUACAAGUUUUUCUCCCUGUCCUCUGUGGACAAAUUGGAGCAGAUAUAUGAAUGUACGGACACGGAGGAUGUGUGUAUCGUGGAGCGUCUGUUCUCCAGCAGCCUGGUGGCCAUCGUCAGCCUGAAGGCCCCCAGGAAACUCAAAGUCUGUCACUUCAAGAAGGGAACCGAGAUCUGCAACUACUCCUAUUCCAACACCAUACUGGCCGUCAAACUCAACAGACAGAGGCUGAUCGUGUGUCUGGAGGAGUCGCUGUACAUUCACAACAUCCGAGACAUGAAAGUGCUUCACACCAUCAGAGAGACUCCACCCAACCCUUCAGGACUGUGCGCCCUUUCCAUCAGUAAUGAUAACUGCUACCUGGCGUAUCCAGGCAGCGCUACAAUAGGAGAAGUUCAGGUGUUUGACACAGUCAACCUGCGAGCGGCUAAUAUGAUUCCAGCCCACGACAGCCCGUUAGCGGCGCUGGCUUUCGAUGCCAGUGGAACGAAACUGGCCACGGCCUCAGAGAAGGGCACAGUCAUUCGUGUCUUCUCAAUCCCAGAGGGACAGAAGCUCUUUGAGUUUCGGCGAGGAGUCAAGAGGUGUGUGAGCAUUUGUUCGUUGGCGUUCAGUAUGGAGGGCCUGUACCUGUCGGCCUCCAGCAACACGGAGACGGUCCACAUCUUCAAGUUAGAAACGCAGAAGGAGAAGUAUGUGCCUGCGGAGGAGCCCACCACAUGGGGAGGGUAUCUGGGCAAGGUCCUGAUGGCGUCCACCACCUACCUGCCUUCCCAGGUCACGGAGAUGUUCACCCAGGGCCGAGCCUUCGCCACCGUUCGCCUGCCCUUCUGCGGACACAAGAACAUCUGCGCCUUAGCUGUGAUUCAGAAGAUUCCCAGGUUGUUGGUUGCAGCAGCUGAUGGUUACCUGUAUCUCUACAACCUGGAUCCACAGGAGGGAGGGGAAUGCACACUUAUGAAGCAGCACAGGUUAGACGGCAGCGCUGAAGCACCCAAUGAGAUCCUCGAGCAGGGGUCACAUGACCGCCCACUUGUGGCCCAAACCUAUAGUGCUGCAGUCACUAAAGGUUACUGCGAAGAGCAGGGCGCUGUGGGGGGGGCGGGCCUCGAAGAUGACCUCAAUGACUUGCGCUUGGAGGAAGAGAACGAGCAACCGCCGCUCAUCCUUGAAACUGACUGACGAACUGCGAACGGCCGUACCCACCAAUCAGAGGGCUCCUCUGGUGCUGCUAUGAACAUGUGACACAUGGGGGGGCAGGGGCAGGAUCAAAGACCGGGGGGGGGGGUGUUUUUAAAACGCUCAAAGCGUUCAAGAGCCUGUCUGUCAGUCAGUCUGUGCGUUCGUCUGUUCACAUCCAUGUCCGUCUUUUUUCUCCCCUCCUUCCCUCCCCCGCUUCCUCCCCCCUCAGUCGUGCCUGCGCAGGCCGGACUGAAGCUUUGCAUGUACACGUGCCAACCGCUACAAACAUGCUCCAAUGUGAAAAUGAGCAUCUGUGUGUGUGUAUUGAUCAUUUGAUCAACAACAAAAAAAAAAAAAAAGAAAAGAAAAAAAAAAAAGAAAUGUAGCUGUGUCUCCAAUUAAGACACACACACGCACACAUACACACACACGCACACACACACACACAGACGCAAGCACUGUGUAAAAUGAAAGUGAUUGUGUAAGUGCCUCUCUGCCCCAGAGUCGUGGUGUCUCCUGUCUGAGAGAGAGAGAGAGAGAGAGAGAGAGAGGGAUCUCUUUGCAUUGGCUUAAAUAAAAAUCUUAUUUUCAGUUGUUGGAUCUUAAUGGAGGGUGUGUACCAUCUUUUCUAACCUCUUCCUCUCUCACUGUCCCGCGAGAAGUUUGGCGUCGGUCGCGUUUCAGCUUGAAAAUAGUGAUGUGGAAGAAGCUUCUGGCUUAAGGCAGAGGUGUGUGUGAGUACGAGAGAGUGUGAGUGUGCGUGUGUGUGCGUGCACGCUCAUGGCUGAGACCUCAUUUGUGUGUGUUCGCUGGGCAUGUACAUUAGCUAAACAGUGAGUAAUUAGCCUCCACUCGUCCGCGCUCACGUUUACCUCAUCCACACAGAGGCUCGGUGGAACCUCGCCGCGCUCCUCCCCCCCCUCCUCCCUCCUCCUCAGGCCUGCAGUCAUUGGUUGAUUUUAAACUCUGAUAUUAAUAAUCUUUUUUUUUUUUUUUUUAAUUUAAAUCUACAUAACCAAUCAUAACCAAUGACGUGUCAUGCGUAUGAAAACAUGCAUGGUGGUGUUGAUGUGCUACUGUGUCCAUACGUCGGAGAUAUCUGGGAGUCGGGCAGCAGAUCAGUGGAGAGCGGCGGGGACGCUGUCAGUGGACGAGUCUUCAGUGACAGCCUCCUCUUCCUCCUCAUCACACUGUAUCUCUACUCUGUACAUAACUAGAUGUGGCAAGAAUUCCCUGUACCGUGUUGUCAUGACUUCAAGACUCUGGGAUGGUGAGUGUUUGGCCAUCGAGUCAAAAGUGUGGAUUAAUAAUUCGAUUGAUCAGGAGCUCAGGCUGAGACGCAUCAACCGGUUCCAGGAUGCUGCAUGAUUCCCUUCAUUUAAUCCUGUUGGUGUCUGAAGCCACUAAACGAGGACUAGUCAUGGGGUUUUGGAGUGUCAGGCAUUUUCUAAUGAUUUUGUAUAAAAUGUGAAACAUUCAUCUGAAACUAAAAUGAAAAUAAAUUCCAUGUUGAUGUAUGA